AUUUAUCCUAGACUUCAGCUCAAGUCUCUAAAGACAGUCGAUCAAUAGACACGUUCAUGCAUACUUCUAGAAUAAUUGCUGUUGUCAACGUCUGAGUAUUGGAAAUAGUGAAUGGGUUUGCAACGAGGAUACACGACAAUCGGGAUUAUCGGAAAAUAGUGAGUCUGCACAAUAGUUACAGUUCAGAAAUAGUGACAUAACGUGAUAGACGCAUGCAUCGUGAACUAUCAGGUGAAGUGAUUCAGGAACUAUGGCUAGCACGGAAGAAGUGAUGAUAAACAUUCCAAUAGAUGAUACUAAUACUCUAAAGGCAGAGAAGACAAACGACAACGACGUUUGCCUCAUUGACAUUGAAGAAUCGACUACUUCUGAAUCGUCGCAUACUAACGGCAAGCAUAUUACGAACUACAGUGACUUGGUCCAACAAACACGGGAUGUAUACAACAGUGGCAAAACCAGACCGAUAGAAUGGAGAAUAAAACAACUAAAGCAAAUCUCGCGUAUGUUAAAGGAGACUAUGGCGCAUAUCGUAGCAGCGUUAGAGACGGACUUACGUAAAUCUAAGUUCGAGUCGUUUAUUGCGGAAAUAAACUUCGUACUACAAGAUAUUAAAUACACGCUCAUGCAUAUUAAAGAAUGGGCGGCAACGGAAAAACCAUCUAAAGGAUUAGCGUUCGUUUUUGACUCGGUGGAAAUUCGGAAGGAACCUUAUGGAGUUGUGCUGAUCAUCGGCGCAUGGAAUUACCCUCUUCAACUGGCAUUGAAUCCUCUGAUAGGUGCAAUUGCAGCUGGAAACUGCGCGAUCCUGAAGCCAUCCGAAGUGGCGCCGGCUACAUCGAAAUACUUGUGUGAGACCAUUCCAAAAUAUCUGGACACGGAGUGUUACCAUGUGGUAGCUGGAGGAAUCUCCGAAACGACAGAGAUUCUCAAACAACGUUUUGAUUACAUCUUUUACACCGGAUCUACGGCGGUCGGAAGAAUCGUGCGGGAGGCUGCCAAUAAAUAUCUCACGCCUGUUACAUUGGAGCUGGGUGGCAAAAGUCCUGUAUACAUAGACAUGACGGCGGACAUUGAGAUAGCGACGAAACGCAUUUUGUGGGGCAAAUGCAUGAACAGCGGUCAGACUUGCAUCGCUCCCGAUUACAUACUGUGCACACCCGAAGUGCAGAACAAAUUCAUCGAAACAGCUAAAAAAGUCCUGACGGAAUGGUAUGGUGAAAAUCCGCGAGAAAGUCCCGAUCUCGUACGCGUAAUCACGGACAAACAUUACCAACGGCUUAUCGAUUUAUUAAACAACGGUAAGGUCGUUGUAGGCGGUAAUGCAAAUGCUACAGAGAGGUUUAUCGAGCCCACGAUACUCGUUGAUGUCAAACCGACGGAUCCUGUUAUGCAACAUGAGAUUUUUGGCCCGAUAUUGCCAAUAAUAAAUGUUAAUAACGCGUACGAAGCAAUUGAAUUCAUCAAUAAUCGUGAACAUCCACUUGUACUAUACAUAUUUUCGAACAACAAAGGAAUGCGAGAUCUCUUCGUUGACCAGACUCGUAGUGGAGCGGUAUGCGUUAACGACACAUUAAUGCAUUUUGCUGUUGAAACCUUGCCUUUUGGAGGUAUAGGAAACUCUGGUAUGGGUGCCUAUCAUGGAAAAUAUUCGUUCGAUACGUUCACGCACAACAAGGGCUGUUUGUUCAGAACGUUUAACAAAUUGGCAGAAAAUUUGGCUACGUGUCGUUACCCACCAUAUUCUGAUACCAAACUGAAUAUACUGCGACAGUUACUUGAACAAAGAGCAGGUAUACCGGGUCUGAAGUAUUUGCCUUAUUUACUCAUGUUCGGUUUUGGAGUGCUCGCUACGAUCGGAUACAAAGCUUUAUCAAAGGAAUAUAACUACCCGGGAGAGGAGUAACUACUUGGCUUAUAUGACUCGGCAUUUUAUUAACGAAAGGCAUGUGCAAAAUACAUUUAUCUCAAAUAUUAUGUACAACAAAGCAUGAAUAUUUUUGUACUAUAUUUAACUUUCUACACAUUGUAUUUAUAGUAAGUGCAUUUAUUACACAAAUAGAUAUAUUAUACAAAUCUAUUAUUAUAAUAUAUUACAUAAAUAUAUUGGAUUUAUUGGGAAAAAUAUCAAAGGGGUUAUCUCCUCGCCUAUAGGCAGGAAUUUUUGAUUGCAGUAUCUAAAAGUUAGCUCUGAAUAUAUAUUGUAUAAAAUAUUAGAUAACAGAUUAAAUCUUUAAUUUGUACGUAUGUA